AUGAAACUUCGGUCUUGGCACCGGCUCAUCCACCGACUGAGUGAAGCUCUCGGCGUUCAGACGCCACCAUAUAAUACCAGCAGCACAUACGAUGUGAGGAGCAUAAAUAUCGGGGUAUGGCACUGCCAAUCUGCCUCAAGAAUUGAUCGAUCUGUCAAGAAGACCUGUCGCCACCGAUCUGCAGCAGACAACACAAUGCGCGUUCUACUACUCGGCGGGACUGGACGUCUGGGGCUUCGAUGUACUCCAGCGCUCAUUGCACAUGGCCACAUCCUCACCGUCUAUGUGCGAAAUCCUUCGAAGCUGCGCUCUCUGAUUUCGAUAGAGCUCCUUGAUCGAAUCAAUGCUAUCGUCGAAGGCGACGCGACGGAUGUUGCGGCCUUGAAGAAGGCAAUCAUCGACCACAAAAUCGAGGGCAUUGUAGACGUAGCAGGUAAUCAGGUGCUGCCAUGGCAUGAAUAUACGUUGUCAAAGAUCGCGAAAGCUAUUGCAGAUGCAGCUGUUGAGGUGGGAAAGGAAAGGGGCAGGCCAUUGAGGAUAUGGGUCACAUCCGCCCUGGGCAUAAUGAAAAUCCCGGGGAAAGACUGUCUGCUGGAAGAUUACGUCCCAAAAUUGGCGAUUGCCCAGCAUGAUGCUACACACGAUGUGAUCGAAGCAAUUCCUACAGGAUAA